AUGAGACCGACAUUACCAUCUUGCAAUGCAAGAGCCUUGGCGCAAAGUAGCGCUACGCUCUUGCAGCUGCCCCGCAUCAUUGCAUCUCGGCGGCUGUCCAGCUCAGCCCGCUGUGGAUCGCCUUCUACCAGCUUGCAUCUUGCCACUGCUCGCAACUCGCCUUCAGCGGGGCUCUCCCGGACCCGCACCUUGACAUCGUCUGCUCUUGUCUGUUCGCAGACUUCGGCGGACGGCGCCAAAUGGAAGCUUGCCAGGGUGCCUAACCGUGGCGCCGUCGAGGUCAGCGGGCGCGACACGGUGAAGCUGCUGCAGGGUCUGGUGAGCAACGAUGUGAAGGCACUCGCAUCUGCGACAGAGCCGCAUGCACCAGCACUCGUAUACGCCGGCUUCAUGAACCCACAGGGAAGGAUGUUGGCAGAUGUCUUCAUCCACCGCCAGGCUCCCUUGCAGGACGGUUCGCCGCGCUGGCUGCUCGACAUCGACUCGCGCACGCUCCCGUCGCUGCUCGCAUUCAUCAAAAAGUUCAAGCUACGCUCCAAGGUCAAGCUCGCCGACGUCUCGGACGAAUACAGCGUCGUGCAGGCAUGGUCUUCAGCAGCGAGUCCGCCGAGCUCGACAUUGACGGAACAGCUGAGUCUGGAUCCGAGGUGUCCCGCGAUAGGCUACCGCGGUGUAGUUUCGCACGAGGCCGUCACGAAGCUGCGCGAACAGAUUGCGUCGGUGGAGGACGAGGAAUAUACGAUCCAUCGUAUGCUGCGAGGCGUCGCAGAGGGUGCGCUGGAUGUUCCCGAAGCGGCGAGUUUGCCGCUGGAGAACAACCUGGACUACAUGCACGGCGUCGACUUCCGCAAAGGCUGCUAUGUGGGGCAGGAACUCACCGCACGUACCCAGCACACCGGUGUCGUCCGCAAACGCAUCGUGCCGCUUCAAUUCUACCUCCCCGGCACGCCUGCUCCGGACACACUCCAUAUUGACCGCGCAGCAACAUUCCAGCUGCCCUCCCACCUCGCCGAAGUUCGUUCGAAGCCGGUAUCAACCGCAUCGGCAACGGCAAAGCCGGCAAGGGGAAAGGCAGCAGGCAAGUUCACAUCGGGUAUCUACAAUCUUGGACUCGCUUGCCUUAGGCUGGAGCAGGUCCAGCGAUGGACCGAUGCAUCCAAUCCGACGUCGGAAGAUGGGCUGGAAAUGUCGGUGCUUUCGGCUGACGGCGAAACGACUCUCCUCGUCAAGCCGCACAUCCCUAAGUGGUGGCCAGAACCGCCACAGCCCGCAGACAACGACCCGCAAGAGUAG